CAGAGCGAGUCGGGACAGUGGGAAGGGAAGGACAUGUAUGAGCGUCUGCAUUAGCACAUGAAGAACGACACCGUUAUCUUUAAACAUUCACGGAAAAGGAAGCAUUGCGGGAAGCAAUAUACUUAACCAACCAAGCAAAAACCUUUCUGGAAAGAAUACAGAAAGAAACUUUUUUUUUUUUUUUUUAAGGAAACAUAUUGGAAAUAAAUAUUACACAAAAGCAGAUAAGCUCCUGAAAAGUUUUACCGCAUUGCAACAUGUGGACUUCUUAGAAAAAGUUUCGCAUCAGUGUGUCAAGUGCGCCCUCGUGUGUAUGAGAACGGGACUGUGCUUCGAAAAAAAAAAAAGGUGUGGAAAGUUAUGGACUGAACAGAGCAGAGCUGGAGCUGCAGAAUGGAAGGGUACGAUAACCAGAGCCGCAUGGAGAUCGGCAUGGACCCCACCAUCGUCCUCCACUACAACAGCUCGGGGAAGUGGGGUCGGCAGAAGGGCAUUGACACGGGCAAGACUGUAGUGCUGCUAGUCAUCUGCUCCUUCAUCCUGCUGGAGAACGUCAUGGUGCUCCUCGCCGUGUGGAAGAACAAGAAGUUCCACAACCGCAUGUACUACUUCAUCGGGAACCUGGCCCUGUCUGACCUCCUGGCCGGCGUGGCCUACGUGGUCAAUAUCUUCAGCUCUGGGCGGCGUACCUUCUUCCUGACCCCCAUGCAGUGGUUCAUGAGGGAGGGCAGCAUGUUCGUGGCCCUGAGCGCCUCCACGUUCAGCCUGCUGGCCAUCGGCAUUGAGAGACACAUGACCAUGGUCAACAUGAAGCCCUACGGCGCCACCAAGAGGUACCGGCUCUUCGUGUUGCUGGGCUCUUGCUGGCUGGUCUCCAUCUUCCUCAGCGCCCUGCCCAGCCUGGGCUGGAACUGCAUGGGGAACCUGCCUUCAUGCUCCACCGUCCUGCCCCUGUACUCCAAGAGCUACCUGGCCAUCUGCAUCACCAUCUUCACUGGCAUCCUCCUGGCCAUCGUGAUCCUGUACGUGCGCAUCUACCGGCUGGUCAACUCCAGCAGCCAGCGGGUCGCCUCCAGGCAGCAGGGACGCUUCUCCGAGCGCUCCAUGGCGCUGCUGCGGACCGUGGCGAUCGUCCUGGGGGUGUUCAUCAUCUGCUGGGGGCCCCUCUUCGUGCUGCUCAUGCUGGACGUGGCCUGCAGCCCCCAGGAGUGCCCGUUCCUCUACAAAGUGGACUGGUCCAUCGCCCUGGCCGUCCUGAACUCGGCCCUCAACCCUCUCAUCUAUACCCUGUCCAGCCGGGAGAUGAGGAGCGCCUUCUUCAAGCUGCUGUGCUGCUGCGAGCUCAGAGCGAAGGAGGUCAAGAACGUGACCCUCACCCCGACUGUGGACAAGAGCCACAGCAAAUCCAGCAGCGGCGGUAGCCCCCCGAAACCACGGGAGGACACGGACUCCCCCCCUGCCGUCGUGCUCAUAUCGGCCGUGCUCGUCAAAGCCAGCGGGAUUUCCCCCCAAAAGGGCAAGUUCUGACGGGACGUACAGUGUCGUACUAACGAAUAAACUUGUAUUGAAAGAGUGUGCAGCCCAGCCAGGCUACUUACUUGUGAGAUAUAAAACUGCCUGGGAUUAUCUGAUAUUCAGAGGGACCUGUGAUCAAAUGGGUUACAAAUUCGCCCCUUUCGUUUUGGUGAUGUCAUACUGCUCUAACAGUGUGGUUUUUCAUACAGAUAAAGUUUAUUUUUACUUUUUAAGCCCAAAUAACUAUUUCAAAAUACUGUGCCUCUGAAAAGAGUGGACCGCGUUGCUAUAAUCUUUUUGUCUUUACAAAUCAGUGUAACCCUUUAUACUGCCUGUACAUAUUGGCAGAUUAUCGUGACUUUGAUUUUGAAUUGGGAUCCACGCAUGUAUAUAAGCUCUACAUAUGAAUGUAAAAGUGAUUUGUUUUUAUCGAGUUGUAAUUUAUUUUCCAACAGAAGAACCAGACGCAGUAUUACUGUUCUGAACAUUUUGAGACUGAAUUAUUGGGCUGCAAGACGGUCAGGUGAUGGAAUUAUGCAUGAAAAUGGAUCUUAAAACAUUGGUUAGCACUUAUUUAAAAUGCCAUUGGAAUGAAAUUACAUAAACAUAUUGCAGUUAAAAAAAAUAAUACAGAGCACUCUAGCAGAAAUUAUUUUUGUAAAAUAAACGGAGAAAAAAUGGGGAUAUUUUAAUCAGAGAAGACAGUGUUUUAAAUAAAAAACAAUGAUCUGU